AUGGCAAACAGGAAACUUAUGGCCGAGGUCGAUAGGACCGUCAAAAAAGUAAACGAAGGAAUAGAAAAUUUUGAUGAAUUGGAAGAAAAAGUAUACAGUGCCCAAAGCAGCUCGCAACGAGAUAAAUUCGAAGGCGAAUUAAAAAAGGAAAUUAAAAAACUACAACGAUUGAGAGAGCAAAUACGUACGUGGAUAUCUGGAAAUGAAAUUAAAGAUAAAGAAUUGUUGGUGGAGAAGAGACAACAAAUCGAAAAUCGUAUGGAAAGGUUUAAGAAAUGUGAGCAAAAGACGAAAAUGAAGGCCUACUCAAAAGAAGCUUUGAGUAAAAGUCAAGUGGAGAAACGACAUAGGAACAAGCAAAAUAUAAUACCCGACUCCAAAGAGAAGAAACAAGCAAAGAAAUGGUUAAAAGAUGUGACGGAACAGCUUGGCAAUUUAGUGUUAUCGAUAGAUGAGAAAAUUGAAGAAGAGGAAGAGAAGGAAAAGAAGAAAGAUGAUGGAAUCAUUGAAACCUACCGAGCACGACAACGAAAACAUGAGGAUUAUAUUGAGAAAUUGAAUCAAAUUUAUGAGUUUUUAGAUAAUGAUGAAGGAAUAUUACCUCAAGAUUUGGACGAUUUGAAGGAAUACGUGGAGUAUUACAUUGAUGAAAACGAAGAGGCCGAGUUUGUGGAAGAUGAUGAAACCUUUGAAGCUAUAUUUAACAAACAGAAAGAAUGGGAAGAAACGGCUCCGAAGGAAGAAUUGGUCGAUGUGGACGAAGUCAAGGACAGCAUUAAAAACCUUGAUGAUGAAAGUGAAGAGGAGGAUUAUGAUGAAAAUGAAGAAGAUCAUGAUGAGGAUUUAACAGAAGAUGAGGAUGAAGAGUUGAGUUCUCCCGUCUCUACGUCCUCUUCACGAGAAGAGGAAAAGCCUUUGUCGAAAUCUAGCACCACGACAACGACCACUGCUGCUGCUGCGACUAAAUCCAAAACCACAACAGCAGUCCCAACCACUACAACAACACCCAAACAGCAACAACAACAACAAAUCACACAAACACCUGCAGUCUCCCAAGCAACAGCAACUACAACAACUUCUACCUCCUCUGCUGCAAACAAGAAACCAAUCAAGCCAUCACCUCCUGCAAUUAACACAACUUCCACUGUUACAACAACAACAUCAGGAGGGCAAACAACCCCUGUCAGCGCCCCUCCAACUUCUGUUAAGCCAUCCUAUAGUGAUUUGGUCAAGUCUCCUAAAACUCCUCUUCAACCACCUCAACAACCAACAACAGCAGCAACAAAUGUGGCUACCUCAACAGCACAAAACAAGCAACCAUCCAGUGUUGUUCUUCCGACAAGUACUUCAGCAACUGCUUCAGCAACAGUCAAAAAGCCAACAGUUUCAUAUAUUGACAUUGCACAACAAAACAAGAGUGUGCAACAAGGUCACAAUCUGACAGUAGCUCUUAAUGAUAGUGUCACAUCAGGCAGUAAGCCAACUCCCACAGUCUCAACUCCAACAUCCACCACACCAACCACUAUUACACCAACAACAACAACAUCAACAACAACUGCAGUCAGUGGAGCAAGCAAGAAUGCAAAACAAGCAUCAACCAAACAAGCUACAAAAUCCCAACAAUCUAAGAAGGCUCAAUCUACCACUCCUACUCUCACCAAUACUUCAACCCCAGUUACCUCUAAUACUUCCACAAGUGGUGAUGCUCUCUCUCCCGUUCAACCUGUAUCUUCCACACCUUCACCAACCACUAUUGACAAAAAUAAUGAUGAAACAUUCAGUGUAGGAUUGCCAACUCAAUUUGGAUUGGAAGAUUUAUCCAGUCAGACUCAACAAAAUCUAUUUGUUAAUCAACUUAAGAUGCAACAAGCUGGAGUGAUGAACCCACUAUUAUUCUCUCAAAAUAAUGCUAUUACUUCCUCAUUCCCUCCUCAAAUCCCACCAAACCAAAUUCCGACAUUCCCAUCAACCACUUCUACCAUUGCUACUUCUCCAAUUAAUACCUCAUCAACUGUUCCUCCUUCCUCAAUCUUUACAAGCACCUCUGCAUAUAAUAGCGUUGUAAACAAUCAGUUCAUGAGUGACAUGCUUCAUUCAAGUAUGCGACAUCUUCCAGAUGCUUAUGAUUGUAACUUUGUUUAUCCUUACUUCCCAAUGAAUGAAAAUCCUCCUCAAUUCAGAGCUGAGACUGAAGGGUUUCCAAUUGAGUGUCCAUUACAUAACCCAUUGCAUGCAUUGGCCAAUCCUGCAACGUACAGUCUUCUUUCCGUUGAUACACUAUUUUUCAUCUUUUAUUUCCAACCAGGAACUUAUUAUCAGUACUUGGCUGCCAAAGAGCUCAAGAAACAAGCUUGGAGAUUCCAUAAAAAGUACUUGACAUGGUUCCAACGCCAUGAUAAACCUACUGUGACAACUAACGAGUACGAGCAAGGAACAUAUGUAUACUUUGAUGCUGAUGCAGGUUGGUGUCAAAGAAUUAAGGAAGGCUUUAGCUUUGAAUAUGCUUAUCUUGAGGAUGAGUUGUAA